AUGGUUGGAAGCAAACGUACGAGGAGCAAGGCCACUGCAACGGAUCCGUGCCUUACCCCUCAUGGCUGCCUAGUUGAGAGCCAAACGGCUCAUGUUGCUGCACCUCAACAUGGCUUCAUGGCUAAAACCUCCUCACAGCCGCCAAAACUUGUGGCUAGAACCACACAGCCGCCUGCUGCAGUACCGCAACAUGACCCUACUGCUUCCACAGCCUUGCAGUCACAGGCACUAGCUGCUGGAACACAGCAGUAG